AGCUUGCAAGAAGACGAUCUUGAACUUGGAAGAUCGCUUUUCCGCCACGAUCGUGCACCGUCCGCUGGCAGUCCGUUGUGUACCGGUGUCGUCUUUGAUUCACCGGGCGAGAGAGAGAGAAAACUCAGCUGAAAAGCGAACAGUGCCUAGCCUAGAUGACUGUGCCGUUCAUUAUCUAACGAUGGAUUAGCUUCGAAAGGGAAACACGGCUGGUGGCAGCAAACGAAACAACAACAAAAAAACAAGAGGAAAAACUGGAAUAUCUUUAGCAGUGCAGUUGCGGAGGAGAGUGUGAUGUAUGGCGCGAAGGAAAGUGUGUCAUACUUAAUGCAAUGGAGCAUCGUCCGUACGAGCUGCUGAUGGUGAUGAUGAUGCUGAAGAAAAAGCAUGCAAAGGCUACAUCAUCUUCCCUCGCGCAGGUGUAGUGCGACCCAGGUAGUCGAGUGUACUAGUGAAAGUGAAUAACUUAGUGUGUGAGUGUACGUUUUCGGUGGAUUAGUGUCUUUUUUGUGCGUGUGUGUGUUUUUUUGGGUGUUUAUUUUAAAGUAAGAAAAUAUCAACGACCCAGUGAAAAUGGAGCCAAUCUAUGGAACUAAUAAGAAAUACCUGCAAAGCAUUGCCGGUAGCGAGUACUACCGGAACCCGAGCACGUUGCGACCGAUGGCUAAUGAGUAUGCAUCCUACCAGAACACGCUCGGGCGCCGGUCGACGCUCGUCGGACCGUACACGCACAUGAGCAAAUACUCCUACCCGACGGACGUCAGCCUCAGCAGCCACUACGGCUACACGUCCUGGGGGCUGUGGCGGGACAGCCGCAACCUGUCCUCCUCGCUGUACGCGAAAAAGCAGAAAAACAUCAAAUCGUUCUCCAUCCUGCUGAUGUCGGCCGCGUUCAUCGUCGUGCUGGCGGUACUGUGCGUCGCCGGGCUGGCGUUCUACUUCAGCACGUUUAAGGCGGAUCUCAGUGAAACAAUUCUGGCCUUCGACUGUACGUUCCGGGUCGCUCGGGGCGACAUCUACACGACCGGGUUGCGCACGAACAGCACACCGGUGUACCGGCAGAAGACGGCGUUCUACGAAAAGCUGAUCGAAACGUCGCUCGAACGCAGCGGUCUCACCGUUUCCCGCACGGAAAUCAUGAACUUUGGUGACGGCCCAACCAUAGCCCUCAGCUUCCGAGUGUUUCUGGACAUGCGGAAGAUAAAGAUCACCAUCAACAACGUGGAGGAGCACAUCCGGACCGCCUUCCUGAGCGAGGUGCUCAACCCGAGCUCGGCCUUCAAGAACAUACGCAUCGAUCCGGACAGCAUCGAGAUUAAGCGGCUGCUCGACCAGGAGGUACUAAAGACGGCCCUGCUCACCCGGCAUGAGCCGGCCUUUCCGACCGUGGUCAAAUCGUCGCCCGGCGGAACGGGCCCACCGUCCGAUCAGGACCAGCGGCACGUCACGAAGAAGACGGGAGUAAUCGAAAAAACUAUCCACAAGUUUACACCGCGCGUCACGCCGGCCCCACCAGCCCGUGCCGGCGACGCCAGCAAGGGCGGAAUCGUCGAGGCGGAAUCUGACAUUGACAUGGAUAAUUUACCGGUUAUACAAGGAUCGUUUGAGAUAACGAAAACAGAUGCCGACAUCACGCAGAAGCGAACCGGCAGCAGCAGCAGCAGUACGGAUCCGGUCGGACGUGUGCCGGUCGCUGCCUCGACGCUCAAACCGUUCGCCGUCAGCCCGGCCCAGAUAACGAUUAGGGGGAGCGACCGGACGAAGGGGACGGAGACGAUCAAGGCGGACGGUGAAAGCCCAUCAACCGGUGGCUACCGGUUCGGGCAGCAGGCGGCGGGCGGCGCCAAGCCAAAAUAUGAAACGGCAACGGCUAAGAUUGAAAAAAUGGAUAAGCUGCACGCUGCAACGACGAAGAAAAUUAAAACGACUUCACUCAAACCACCGUCCAGCCCGGUGGGUGGUGGUGGAGCUGGACGUCGGUCAACAACAGCAAAUGUCGGUCGAAGCACAACCACAACAACGACAAGGUCACCCACCACAACAGCGACCACUACGACGACAACAACGACAACGACGAUGGCACCUACCCAGCCCGUUCGUAGCAGGACACCUACGCAGGUCGGCAGUACGACGACCAGCCGGUUGACAACGCUCCGCUAUCAGGUAUUGCCAUCUCAGGGCAUCGGCUCAAACGAGCAGCCAUCAUCGUCAUCCACGGAGGACGACUCAUCCGACGAGGAGGACGAGCUGGUCGGCGAACCGACCGACACCGAUUCGCAUCUCCCCGUCGUGGUGGAUGUGAUUGGGCUGCCGGGCGACACCGAGAGCGAGCUCAAAAACGACACCCUGCUCGAGACCAUCUUUCAGGCCAUCCUUAACGACAGCAUCCCGGGGGAGCUGGCGCCAGAACGGCGCCGGAUCGGGACGGUCGAGCCGGACAGCAUACCGAAGCUGGACGUAAAUCUGUUCACCUCCGCCCCGGUGCUGGAUAAGCAACCGUGGCACCCAAUCAAUCCCAAUCAGCAGCAGCAGCAGCAGCAGGCGAAGGCCGACCAGCGCACCGGUCUGCCCGCCCGGAAGAAGCCCUCCCUGGCGGAGGAAAUACUCUACCGGAACCGGCCGUCGGACAUCGAGAGCGUGCUGGCGUACACGGAGAAUCCCAACGGGCAAAUUUACUACCAAAGCUACACCAAUCCCAGCUUCGGCUCGUCCACGCUCGGCAUCGAGCCGCUCGGCGUGGCGGACGUCCGGCCGUACCCGCUGCCGGUGGACAAAAUCCACGAGGAGGUGAUACCGGACUUUAAGUACCUGACGCCGACGGCAGUGGAUGCGACCGAGCAGCUGCUCAACCUGACGCUGGACGACCAGCGGUUCGAGCACCUGGGGGAUGGCGUGAUUGCCAAAAAGCCGGACCAGUCCGGGGCACCGGAUGAGCCGGCAGCACCGACGGUGACGACGACGACGGAAAAGGUUGGCGACAGCGCGACCACUCUCCAGACGCCGAUGAGUGGCAGUUCCGGCGAGGAAAGUCAAUCGUCCGACGAAAGCUCCACCGAGGCUUAUGGAGAGGCAUCCGCGACGGAAGGCAUCGAUCCGGUACUGUACGGGGGUUUGAAUGGGACGCACGAUGAGGCACUGGUGGACGUGGGGAUGGAUCUGGAGUCACGCAACAGUCCGGACGAUGCGGAACAAGCGGCGAUAACUACAACGCCCAGUCCGGCAAUCAUCACCACCGCCGGUGGAUCAGCGGAGCAGCUUGAGGAAGGCACGGAGCAAACCUCCACCACCACCAUGCCGACCACCACGUACAGCUCAAGCGAGGAGAUUGAGCGGGACGCGGAGGACCUGCUGAUUACCAGCACGACCGAAACGAUGCCAUCGAGCUCGGAAGAAAGUUCCGUGGAGCUUACCACGGCGAUUGCCCCUGCCAGCAGCGCACCGAAGCGUCCCGCCUACGUCGAGGUGGAAACGUUAAAGUACACACCCUCCACGCUACCGCCACCCACCACCAACACACUGCCGGAGCUGUUCCCCAUCACGAAGUGGGAGUUUGUGAACGGAACGCGACGCACCACGGCCGAAAAGCCACCCACCAGGAAGGUUUUCAACGAAACGCUGCAAGCCCUGGUGAUGGUGAACGUGCAGCCCGAUGGGACGACGGCACUGCCCCGCCAGCCGCUCACCACCGACCUGGACGACCUGAAGAGCAACCGGCCGAACGGCACGACGCACCUGCAGAACCUGUCCGACAUAUUCGACACGCUCGCGUCCAAGCUCGGCAUCCAGCCGGAGGUUUCGAGCAAGAUGCCACCGUUCUCGUCGUUCGCCAAGAUUAAGAACCAAUAUCGUAACACCGCCAACCGGACGGCCAGCCGGCCCACAACCACCCGGCCUAAGCGAAAAAAGAACCGCCCCACGAAAGUCCCGAGCAGCACCACGACGACCACGACGGAGCAGUACCCGGAAACGACGACACCGAUGGCACGGGUCAUUCCGACCGUCAUUAACGACGAAAUUGACGACGUCGUGCCGGUGAUGCUCGAGACAUCGUCCGAGCUGUCCGCCGAGCAGGCCGUCGUCGGCCAGGCGGAGGUGGAAGUGAUCGAUCCGAACCAGUACGAGGAGAUGCUCAAGUCGAUGGCGGUCGGGAAGCACGCCGGGACGACGCCCUACCCACCGUCCACCCUGGUGACGCUGCUGCCGGUCAAGUCUAACUCGGGCAUCCGCAACUUCCGACCGAAAACGAAGCGACCGCCGCCCCCGGUCACCCACGGACCGCCGGCCGCCCCGGGUGAUAAAACGGAGAGCAGAAAAAUGGACCCGGCCCAGGCGCUGGGCUUAAAAUUAAUGAAUGCAAAUAAAACCGCCGACGGUGACAGGCGCGCGGCCAGCGGUCUGACCGAGCAGCAUCCGGUGGCGGUCGAGCAGCAGCAGCAGCAGGGAGGUAGUAAUAAAAAUAACACAAUGGUCGAAACGGUGGUGAGGGCCAGCAUGCGCUUCGAGUCGUAAAGCUAACCGCCCUCGGGGGUCGCGGCUUCCGGGUCACGGGGGAGCAGUUCCGUUUCAAAGCGUUCAAUCUACGGCAGCAAUAGCUAGACAGAGAGAUGACAAAAGUAAGAGGGAGAGAGAGAGAGAGAGGGAAGCAAAAAGGUGAUAAUUGAGUGACGGCAAACGCGCUGGCCACAAUGAGCGCGGUCACAACCAUCGUUGUGCGUUCGGUGGCUUUGAGGUGAUCCCAAGCACAAUCGCUCCCCAGUGGAAACUCAUCCCUCUCUCUCAUACACACACUUGGUGUGUUGAUGGUCCCAGGUUUUGGAAAGAUAAACUUGUGUCUCGGAGUGAGACACAAAAAACAGUGAGAUUCGUUUUUAAGACUACAUCGUACCGGUUUGUCAGGAUUGUAGGAUUUGCUUACACGUAAGACUGAUGCCCGUGCGCGUGUGGACACUGGACAGCUUGGGAGGCUUGGGCAGUAUUCCAAGCCCCAGCAGGUCCCUAUGGUUUUGGUUUUUACACGCAUUGGGCACCGACUACAAACUUAAACCUCGAUCUGCUAAGCACACUGGUUAGUGUUUUUAGGAAGUAAGUAAAUAUAGGUGUAAGUAAGUUACCUUACGAGCAGGCGCGCGGUCGCGCGUACUGCAGAUAAUUUAUUUCUAAACUCGAAACAAUCGUGUACGCGUUAAGUAACACUAGCAAUGGAAGCUGCAGGAUCGAGAGAUGACACACGCACGCGUGUGUGUAAUCUUUCUCUCGCAGGCACACAUUUGUACAGGAGUAGCACGCACGCACGCACAGGGUGUGCUGCACUAGUUGCUAGUACAGGUGCUCUAAUUUAUUUUCCGUAUCACAUGCAGCAAACGAUGCAUCUAGCAGGAGCAGGCAUUUUCGCUCCCUUGGCUUUGGAUGCGAUUUAUGAGGGGUGGUUUUUCUUUAUUUUUUAAGCAAAUGUGUGACAGUGAAAAACAAACAAAAAUACAUACAAAACACGAUAUUGGAAAUUGAAUUUUAACUUGUACUGCCGGGCAGGUGCGCUGUAUUUCAGUAAUAAAAAUUGACAUGAACAAAAUAA